AUGGUGUUACCUGUAGGAGCUCCCAACAAUCUGCUAAGCCAACGGCCUACCACGUUACGACCGAGGGCAGCAACCCCUGGGGAGCGGCAAACUGGCGCGGUUUUGCCGGCUCCUUUUGUUGUUCAACAUGUUGCUCAAAAUCAACAUACAGAAAUACAGCUCGGUCUUGCACCGACUGGCGGUGGCGGAUUUUUCGCAUCGGUAUGA